AUGCAGGUCUGCAACGGUCUGUUGAUAUUCCUGGGAAUUUGGUACAUAACCUUCCAAUUGGUUGCCAUUUUCCAAUGCACACCCGUUAAGUUCUUCUGGGAGCGGACCAUUCCAGGGGGCCAUUGUGUGGACAGUGUCAGCUUCUACAUUGCCCUUGCAAGUACCAAUACCUUCACGGAUAUCGCGAUACUCUUCCUCCCGAUGCCACUCGUGUGGCGGCUGCAGAUCUCACUGAGCAAGAAAAUCUCCAUCUCUGGAGUGUUUCUUCUUGGCGCAUUUGUCUGCGCAAUUGCGCUCUAUCGCAUUAGCACCCUGCCGCUGAUCAAUGACAACGACAUCACCUAUUCCAACACAUACGCCGGGUUAUGGACGUCAAUCGAGGGAAGUGUGGGUGUAAUAGUCGCAUGUCUACCCAGUCUGAUGCCUAUCUGGCAGCGGAUGCGGGGGAGAAAAGUUGGCUAUGCACAAUAUUCGAGCCAAUUUACCCAGUACGGGAACGGAAGUAAGAAUUACCGGUCCAUGGGUGGCGGUGGAUUAAAGGACGGACAGAAUGGUUUCGAUAUGCUGUCUAGUGGGACCUGGCCGCCGGAACACAGCCAGUCGCAGGAAAGAAUAAUGCGUACGACGGUGGCACAUGGCGAGGAAGCAUGCGGCACCCCUAGCGACGAGCGGAGCGAAGCAUCUCGGCAUGCGAUCGGAGUGGUCACCGAAGUUCACCAGCAGAUCGAACUCAGAGAUAUCAAGACUCAGGAGAAUCAAUGA